AUGGUAGAGAAUUACGGAGCAAGUUCCAAGUGCCUUGGUCGACCAACGGCAACGGGAAGCCGCCGCCCCUCCCCUCUUCUGGACCUGACAAUCGACAACAUCACGCCAAACACAAACCGAAUCAACUCGCAAUCCAACAAUGCGCGCCUCAUAUAUCUCAUGACCCGCCUCGUGACCCAUCUCCACGACUUUGCGCGCGAGACCCGCCUUAGCACAGACGAGUGGAUGCAGGCUCAACUUCCUCGUCCAGUGCGGCCAAAUCAGCAGCGACGUCAGACAUGCAAAAAGCGGCGAGGGGCCCCCGAUUCCACCGAGGGGUCCGUUCUCGGGCCCUUCCACACCCACGAUGCCCCCACGCUGGGCAACGGCUCCAAGAUGGCCUACGACCCCCAGGGAGAGCCUCUCUUCUGCCUGUGCACGGUCAAGGACCGCCAUGGCAACCCUAUCCCUGGCGUCAAGAUCGACAUCUGGGAGACGGACAGCAGCGGCCACUACGAUGUUCAGCACGAGGGCAGGGACGAGCCCAGCGAGCGCUGCGUCAUGGUCUCCGACGAAAAGGGCAUGUUCUGGUUUGAAUGCAUCAAGCCCGUCAGCUACCCCAUUCCUCAUGACGGCCCCGUCGGAAAGCUCCUCGCGCAACUGGGCCGCCACUGCUGGAGGCCGGCGCAUCUUCACUUCAUGUUUGAGAAGGAGGGUUGGGACCAUCUAAUCACUGCCCUCUACGUCAGGGGUGACCCAUACGAAACGACCGACGCCGUCUUCGGUGUCAAGAAGAGUCUCAUCAUCGACCUAGAUACCGUCGACAAGGACAUUGCCCAGCAGUACGGAGUCAAGGAAGGCAUCCUCUACCUGAAGCAAGACUUUGUCCUCGUCACAGAGAAGGAGACCCAAGAGCUCCGAGACCAGAAUGCGCGCGAGGCUAUCGAGAAGCUUGGCCUCAAGGUUAAGCUCGUCGACCAUCUACCCGUACCCGAUUUAGAUUAG